AUGCGCUUCUUCGUCGUUGCUGCCGCUAUUGCUUCUAUCGCCUCUGCCGCCAACAUUACGGUCAAGGUUGGCGAGAAUAGCGGUCUUACCUUUGACCCCACAUCCGUCACCGCCGCCGAGGGUGAUAUUGUUCAGUUCCAGUUCCUGGCCAAGAACCAUACCGUCACGCAGUCAACCUUUGCAGAUCCAUGCCAAAAGAUGACUACGCCAUCGGAAGGCGUUGACUCAGGUUUCGUCCCAGUCUCCAACGCGAGCACAGAAGUCCCUAUGUGGUCUUUCACCGUCAACAAUGCCUCUGCUCCUUUAUGGUUCUACUGUGCACAGACCGGCCAUUGUGCUAAGGGCAUGGUCUUUGCUAUCAACCCAACUGCCAACAAGAGUUUUGCUGCGUUCCAGGCAGCUGCAAUGGCUUCGACCACAAACACGACUUCAUCCUCGUCGGCGUCAGGCAGUGCUGCGUCCGGCACCUCCUCUAGCACUCGUUCAGCUGCCUCAGGUGCCGCUUCAAAUACAGCAGCCACUAGCGCAAGUGCUGGUGCCGCUAGUGGGAGCUCUGCAGCUAACGGUGCGACGAGCAUCAGCUACAACACAGUCCUUUUGAUGGUGGCAUUUGCUGUCGGUGGGAUGUUACUAUAG